AUGGAGGCAUUCAUUGCACUUGUCCUGGCUGUGCUGGCCUUCCACAAUGGGGUGUUCCGGGACCACCGGGCACCAGUGGCUGUGGAUGAGCAGAUGCAGCAGCGAGAGGAGUUUCUGCGUCAGGAGAUGAUUCGGCUGCAGCAGGAGAUCGAGAGCAUUGAGGAAAACACACUGGGCUCUAUGUGGAAGCACUGGCUGCUUUGGUGGAAUGUGCUGAAGAAGCUGGUGGGUGACCUCCUUGAUGUCUGCAGCGUGCUGUGCAUGAGGACCUGCAUGCCUCAGAUGCAGCCUGCCUUUGGGCUUGACAACGCUGAUGAAGUCUGGAGUGUUGAGGAGAACAACAUCAUGUACCGCCUGCCCGUCUUCCUGCAGCCGCCUCCUGGGCACUCUUUCAGCCUGGAGCUGGACACUUCGGGGCAGCUGCCAGCAAGGCGCUCUAGCAUCCUUGUGCUGCUGGAGUGCACGUGUUGGAGGAAGCAGCUGCUGGGCGAAAUGUGCGUUCUCCACCAGCCCGGGGACAAGCUGCCAGAGGAGAAGUGCUCGAGCCUCCUACGGACCCUCUGCACACACUCAUACUUAGAUGUGGAGAAAACUGCCUGCUGGGUCCAGGAGCUGGUGAGAUCAGCCUGGCCUCUCCUGCCUCAGUCGCAGCACUGCCAGCUCACGGUGCUGCCCUCCUCCCAGUCCUGCAGGUUCCAGCUGACAGAUACCUCAGAUAUGAACAUCUGCACUGAGAUCAUUUUUGCAGUGGAGCAAGGCAGCUCAGUCAUCUACCUGAGCCCUGAGCAGGAGGAGCCCAGCUCUACCAGCAGCACGCCACGGCCAGAGAGCUGCACUGCAGCUGUUCAGGUGGAUGGUGAGGCAAACCCAGCAGGACAACUUCCACCUUCAGAGGCCUGA